CCCACUCCCUCCUCCAACCCACCGCCCCCGCCAUGGCCGCGUCCACCCUGUCCGUCUGCUCCAGUGACCUGAGCUAUGGCAGCCGCGUCUGCCUGCCCGGGGCCUCGGACUCCUGCCCCGACUCCUCCUGGCAGGUGGACGACUGCCCAGAGAGCUGCUGCGAGCCCCCGUGCUGCGCCCCGGCCCCCCGCCUGACCCUCCUGUGCGGCCCCUCCUCCCCCUGCCAGGGAGACUGCUGCACCCCUGCGUGCUGCAAGCCCGUCUGCUGCACCCCUGUGUGCUGCAAGCCCGUCUGCUGCACCCCUGUGUGCUGUAAGCCCGUCUGCUGCACCCCUGUCUCCUGCAAGACCGUGUGCUGCACCCCUGUCUUCUGCAAGCCCGUGUGCUGCACCCCUGUCUGCUGUGAGGACUCCCCCUGCACAACCUCUUCAUGCUGCCAGCCCGCCUGCUGCACCUCCUCCCCCUGCCAGGAAGACUGCUGCAAGCCCGUCUGCUGCACCCCUGUGUGCUGCAAGCCCGUCUGCUGCACCCCUGUGUGCUGCGAGGACUCCCCCUGCUCAGCCCCCUCCUGCUGCCAGCCCAGCCCCUGCUGCAGACCCUCCUCCUGCGUGUCCCUGCUCUGCCGUCCCGUGUGCAGACCCGCCUUCUGCACCCCUGUCUGCUGCCAGGACUCCCCCUGCACAACCUCUUCAUGCUGCCAGCCGUCCUGCUGCACCUCCUCCCCCUGCCAGGGAGACUGCUGCACCCCUGUGUGCUGCAAGCCCGUGUGCUGCACCCCUGUCUGCUGCGAGGACUCCCCCUGUUCAGCCCCCUCCUGCUGCCAGCCCAGCCCCUGCUGCAGACCCUCCUCCUGCGUGUCCCUGCUCUGCCGCCCCGUGUGCAGGCCCACCUGCUGCACCCCUGUCUGCUGCAAGCCCGUCUGCUGCACCCCUGUGUGCUGCGAGGACUCCCCCUGCUCAGCCCCCUCCUGCUGCCAGCCCAGCCCCUGCUGCAGACCCUCCUCCAGUGUAUCCCUGCUCUGCCGCCCUGCGUGCCCCCGCCCUGCCUGCUGCGGCCCCGCCUCGGGCCAGUCCUGCUGCUGA